AAAACGAGAUACCGGUAGGACACAAAAAAUAAUAAUAUUGCCAGAAAGGGACGCACCGACUAUCUUCUUCGAUAGAGACAAACUGCAAACAUAUUUCUUACGUUAAUUUUUUUGGGCUGAAUAGCCAUCAAUCAACUAGCGUACCGUAUGCGAAGACUAUCGAAAGAAGAUAGUGUCUGUUUAUAUUUGUAGACGAAAGACGAAAGAGAACGAUCGCGAAUUCGACAGAAUGGGGGCGAACCAAUCCCACCAAAUCCCACCUGUGGAAACUAAGAGCAAAAAAGAAAAAACGUUUUCCACAGAGGGUGCCGGAGAUAGCAAUGAAGACAUGCCAAUUUUCCCAAGUCCCACAGGCCACGAGUACGACGAAAUCGACAAGCUGCAGUCAGAGCUACCGUCAUUGAUCGAUGAAGAGUCACAGCAACAAGUCGACGACUACAGAGAUGCCUGCAACAAUGGAAAGGGACCCGUGGUUGCUUGUUUCGCGACGGCCGAAUUUCUAAGCAUGUUCGAACGAAAACACAUGGAAGCUUUCAAGCUUUUCGAAAAUACAUGCUUUCGGCCAUUGAAGGACAAAUCGCCAAACGGAAAGGAAGUUGACGGAACCAAGGCAUAUCCACCGGCUUGUUUCAACUUGGCAAAGAUGCUGAUGACAGGGAAGGGAGGAGUCCCAGUCGAUAGGAAGCGGGCUUACGAUGUCUUUGAUCGUGCCUGUCGUGGGGGACACGGAGGUGAGCUUGUUUAAUUGAUUCRAUGAUAUGCUUUCUCUAGUUGGAUUGACUCUUUUCCAUCUGACAUUGGAUUUUGUGUUUUUCGACAAUAAAAUUGGAUGUCUUGAUAGGGGCCUGUCACAUCCAAGCAAAAAUGCUGUUGAGUCCUCCGGGUGCACUCGGGAAAGGUAUUCCGUACGAUCCAUACAAGGCAAUGGAUCUUUAUCAAGGRGUUUGCGACAUGGGUGACUCGGUGUCGUGUUUCACUCUUGCCACGAUGUUGUUGAGGGGAGACAGAAUCAAUAAGAUGGCAAAAAAUGCCAGUCCCCAAGAGCUGCAAGGGCAGGAACCUAUCAAACAGCGCAAAAAUGAAGACGACCGAUCCGCAAAGGCCGACGAGGACUUUGAAUACAUUCCACGAGAUCCGAAACGAGCCGAACAGCUUCUGAAAUCGGCCUGUAGAACGGGUGCACAYGCGCCAAGCUGUUUCAAUUUGACCGUCAUGUAUCAGAAUGGGGACGAUGGUGUUCCGGCCGAUCCCGUCAAAGCAGAAGAAUACAAGAAAAAGACGGAAAAAGCAGUCCAAACACUGGGUGGAUUGUAAUUUUUGGGGGUACUGACGUCCCCUAUACGAGCAGAGAAGCAACCGAGUAACGUGUAACACU